AUGUCUGGGACCGUCGGAAAGACCCGUCUCGCCUACUCGCGAACAUGGCACCACGUCGACGUUGGCACCGACGGCCGCACCCUUGGUCGUCUCGCCUCCUCAAUUGCCCUCAUCCUCAUGGGCAAGAACAAGCCGAUCUAUGACCCCUCCACAGACUGCGGCGACUACGUCGUCGCCGUCGGCUGCCACGACCUCCGCACGUCCGGCAAGAAGCGCUUCCAGAAGAAGUACUACACCCACAACACGCGGCCCGGAAGUCUGCGCUCGAUGACUAUGGACAAGAUGUUUGAGAAAUGGGGCGGCGGCGAGGUCCUCCGACGUGCUGUGCGCGGCAUGCUGCCCAAGAACCGGUUGAGGGACAAGCGGUUGGCGAGGCUGAAGACAUUUGAGGGCCUUGAUCACCCGUACAAGGAGAAUAUCGUCCGCAUCGGAGCUCCCGAGGCCGAAGCCGAGGCCAACCCAUCGAGUAUCCUUGACCGACCAGAGGUCAAGGAGGCUUUUGAGAAGGUCAAGGUUCACCCUUGA